AUGCCGCUCUUUCAGCUGCUGAAGCCCACCGAAGUGCCCCGUAGCCACGUUGCGCGCUUAAACCCAAUCCUAUACGAUGACGGUCGUGCGGUAAAUGAAUUUUUUGCCCCGGGCACGAAAUUCUUUGGCCCCCCUAUUGCCCACUACCAUAUGCUACAGACGGAAUCCUUCCACGUUGAGUCGGGGGAGGGCUUGUGGUAUCUUCGAGGCAAAACGAUAUAUCUCAAGGCAGGAGACGACAUCACCAUACCCAGAUUUGUAUCACACAGGUUCGAGAACGUGCCGGGAAGCACAGAGCCGCUGUCGAUUCUGUACCGCAGACCCGACCUGCGACUACCUACGCGGCCCCCGCCACCCAGGCUCCCCACCAGCCUGCCCCCCAGGCCUCCCAGGGCCCGGGUCUGUUCGGCCAGAUGGCCUCCACAGCUGCGUACUGGUGUUGCCGUAGGCUCGUCCAUCGGCCACGCGAUCGGCGGCCUGUUCAGCGGUGGCGGCUCGGCCGAGGCACCCGCCCAGGCGUCGCCCCAGGCCGCACAGCAGACCCAGAACGACCAGUGGGGCCCUAACUGCUCCCUCGCCACCAAGAGCUUCACCAACUGCAUGGACGAGCACCAAGGCAACAUGUCCAUCUGCGGCUGGUACAUGGACCAGCUCAAGGCCUGCCAGGCUGCCGCUAGCCAGUACUAG